AUGAGUAUUAGUGUAGAAACUUUGGGUGAAGAUGAGGAUAAAUUUUUGGUUCAAGUUGUUUCUCAUUCAUCGAAAGACGGAGCCAAAACUGGGUCAAAGCUUGUCAGUAUUUUGGAUUGCAAUUUGCAUACAAUGGAGGAGAGCAGAAGCGAGCAAAUAACAAAGAAGGACACUACAAAAGAGCGUAGGAGUUAUAUGACAAUUUGCGAAAGCGGCUAUUAUAACAAAGUGACCCGUAUCUGUGGGGAGCGCCAUUUUGUAAAACGCAUUUACCAUUCGUUUGAAGAUGCUCGCAACUUUUUAUUAGAAGGUGCGAACGUUGUGUUGCUGCGGUAUUUGGGCAUUAGCCGGCACAAAGGUCUUAUUAAAACUGACACCGUUCUCAUAGACGGUAUAAUAUGUGAAAGUCUUUUCGUAUGCCCCGGCACAAGUCAAGCAAUCGUGAACGGAAAGCCCCUUUUUGUGGUAAAAGUUGAACGCCAUAUUAUAGAGCCAUCUGGUUUUAUUCAUCAAACCUUGAUCGUUCUAACACUUCGAGGUUACCUUGUAAGCCACGAGUGGGCGGACAAUAGCUACAUAAUUCACUUGAACCCUUUGCUGCGCGUCAUUCCCGAGAAGGAUGAGAUAGAACCCCACGAGCCCAGGCGUGAGAAAUGGCGGAACGACCUUCAACUGUUCUCGGAUUAUUUGGACUUCAAGAGUACCAGAUCGUCGGAGGGAGCACGCUACGUCACCGAGAAUGGUGAACUGGCUGGAACCAUACGCGACUAUCUCCAAACCCUUCUGCUACUCCGACCUCAUGAUGCUUUACACUUCACUAAGCACUAUUUUGGAGCAGCACUUUCGGCUCUUGAUCUACCACAUAACGAAUAUUUCGACCCUUGUACCAAGCAUGUUAGAUAUUUCUUCUUUGAAGAGUAG